CCCGCGAGGCGCUUUCGUUUGAACAUCUCACUCGGCAUUGCGAAAGUCGGGUUCCAAGCGGACUCGGAUCCUCCGCAAAUCCAUCCGGGAAAGAAAAAAAAACGAAAUGAAGAAAGUUAUCCUGGCCGUCAAUGCGGGCUCGUCGUCGGUGAAGGUCUCGGUGUACAGCGCUGAGCUCGGACAGCCGCCAGCGCAGAUUGCGGAAGCUCAAGUGAGCGGUCUGACGGCGGCGCCGGCUACGCUUAAGUAUCUGCGAGGCGCCCAAGCCGUGAUCAAGAACCGCGAGGUCGACGAGAAGGUCAAUGGGCAACGGGAUGCCUUCAGUCUCAUCCUGGACACGCUGGUCCGAGACCACGACCUGCCGGAGAUCAAAUGCAAGGACGACAUCGGCAUCAUCUGCCAUCGGAUCGUCCAUGGCGGCGACUACACCAAGCCGCAGCUGAUACUUGACGGCACCUACCAUCAUCUGGAGGAAUUGAACGACCUGGCUCCGCUCCACAACGCCAACAGCCUCGGCAUCGUGCAUCUCUGCAUCCAAGAACUACCCGGGGCGCGCAACAUCGCCUGCUUCGACAGCCAGUUCCAUUCCACCAUCCCCGAGCACAUCCGCACCUACCCCAUCAACCAGGACAUCGCGCGCAGCAACCGGCUGCGCAAGUACGGCUUCCACGGCAUCAGCUACUCCUUCAUCACCCGCGCGACGGCCGAGUUCCUCGGUAAGAAGCCGGACGAGGUCAACCUCAUCGCGCUGCACUUGGGCUCCGGCGCCAGCGCCUGUGCCAUCAAGGCGGGUAAGAGUUGGGACACCAGCAUGGGGCUUACGCCCCUCGCCGGGCUGCCAGGCGCCACACGGAGCGGGAGCGUUGAUCCUAGUCUCGUCUUCCACUACGCAAGCGACGUAGGCAAGCUGUCGCCCGCCUCGACGAAGGACCUCCACAUCUCCCGCGCCGAAGAGAUCCUCAACAAAGAGUCCGGGUGGAAGGCGCUCACGGGAACGACCAACUUUGCCGUCAUCGCGGGCCAGUCGGACGACGACGGCGGCAGCAGCAGCAGCAGCAGCAGCAGCAGCAGCAGCAGCAAGCGCCUGGCCUUCGACCUCUUCGUCGACCGCGUGUGCGGCUUCGUCGGCUCCUACUUCGUCUCGCUGCGCGGCCGGGUCGACGCGCUCGUGUUCGCCGGCGGCAUAGGCGAGAAGAGCGCCCGGCUGCGCGCCGCCGUGGUCGAGCAGGCCGCCUGCCUCGGCUUCGCCCUCGACGAGCGGGCGAAUAACGAGGUCGGGGCCGCGGACGGGGAAGGGUGGGUCGUGCAGGACGUCGGCAGGGAGGGGGUCACCCCGCGGGUGCUGGUCUGCCGGACGGACGAGCAGUUCGAGAUGGCGAGGAUGUGUGCCGAGGAUGAGGAGCUUUGGGGGGUGUGAUUGAGAGAUGGUGAUUAUGGCCCGGGAGGACGGGAUGACGAGGGGGACUGCCAUUCAAUGACAAAAUGAGACGAUGAUUGCGAGGCUAGCGAACUUCGACUGAAUGAUUUGGAGAAGAGCAUGGACGUCCGGGCUACGAAAUACCCCAAUCAUGCAUAUUUGGC